AUGCCAUGCGUCCGGGAUUGGCUAACGUGUCUGGAGUCGAUGCUUGUGGGAGGAAUCGAUCUGGCCCGAGAGCCUCUGUCUGUGAAUGCCCAGCGAGAGACCAAGCUGACCAACUACUCAGUGGACGUGAUCAAAGGUUACACCAAGGCAUCAGUCAUAGCUUUUGUCUUGAUGAUGUGCUCGGAAGUGGACACCGAUGUGGAGGAGCAGUGGGCCACGCUCAUUCCCUUCCAAGCCUUCCUGGACAAGGCCUGGCUUCUCCCCAUGCAUCUCAUGCUCAACCAGUCCGACACAGAGCGCGCCUACAUGAACCUGUCCCUAAGUUUUCGUGGCGCUGAAAGGCAGGCUCCCAGCGUACUGACACUGGCCCUACAGUUCAGCCACGUCAUGGAUGUGAAGGCCAAGGACGGGUCCCACCCUCCAGAUUUCAACACCGAGAAACGACUGCGCAGCAUCAUUUCAGAGUUCAACCACUCCGACGGCAUGCUCUCCAAGUGGAUGGUGGAUGAGGACCGCGUCAAGGCCAUUCACAACUUGCUGGUCGGGACAACCGCAGAUGCCCGGAAGCUCAUCAGCGGCCACCUCCACUACAACAAGUGGAGCCAAAGCUGCUUCACGAGCGAUCUUUUGCGAAGCACGCGGUGGCUCCUGGCAGCCUCUCCGGCUGCCCAGGCCAACACGUACAUCAAGACCUUGUUGACAGUAGACGCUGACUGCCAAGAACACUUUCUCCGAAACCACAUUGCCUGGUUCAACCGCCAGGCUCGCCGUGUCAAGCAGUCCGCGCGGCCCAAGCUGAGACCUACUGUGCAGGAGUUCGAGCGCCUUAUGGACUACACCUGCGUGAUGCUUGGGACCGCCAAAGUCGCUGCGGAGUUCCACGCGCAGAACGAGGCGGCCGGCCAGAAAGCGCAGCAGGGCAUCCUGGACGCUUUCAUGUCCAGGGACUACUUCGCAGAGGUCCUGUCGUGCGUGGACGUUGGCCUGGCAAAUUGGAACGUCAAGCACCUCUCGCUUUGGGUGGAGCUGGUGGACACAGAGCUUGUGCCCGACGAGAAGCUCUCUGUCGUUGACAUGGAAGCCAUGGAGGAGGCAACGGCGAGCGCCCAGUAUCAGGAGAUCCGUACCAAAAUCUCGUUGGAUGAGGUGGCGUGGGUGCGCUACAAGGGCAAGCUCCAGCAGAAAAACGCUCGAGAGCACAUCGUGUCCGUGCAGCACGCAAAAGCUCAGAACAGCAUCGGCAAAACGAUUGUGGAGCGCUACAUGGAGAAGUGGUGCAGCAUCCAGCUGGUGCCGGACAUGACCAGCGUCCCAUCGAUGGACACCUGGCUGCGAGCAGCCGCAGGAGAGUUGAAGGUCAAGCAGGACGAUCUCAUCGUGGUGGUGUUCACUGAUUUCAGCAAGCUCGGGACGCUAAACACGGCAACUCUGAACAAGCACGCCCAGUUGAUUGCCAAGGUGAUUGACCGCAACCAGCAUCGCUCAGCCGCCCUCAUCUUCCCGCCGCUUCUGGUUGGAGCUGCCUCUGGCGGAUCGUUGAGGAAGGAUUGCAGGUCUGUGGAGGACAAGAUGCUGCAGCGCAGGCUGGAGCUACGCGACCUUGCUGUCUCCCUGGACUCAAGCAACUUGCACCGGAACUGUGACCGCCCAUCCACCUUCCGUGCAUGGUUGGGCGUCGCAGACUGCGCCCUCCCUGCCAAAGGCACCGGAUAUCGGUGCAAUCGUCAUGAAGAGGCCCCACAGCCAACCCAGAUCAACCCGCUCACCACCUCAGACUUGUGGAGGCUUCAGGCUUUGAGCCCUGGGCCAGCCCCUGCGGCACUUCCAGAAAGCGAGUUCCAAGUGCCAAGUGUGCGGGCACAUUUGCAGUGUCACGAAACUCGAAAGAACUUGACGGACUUUCAGGAAACUAGCCAGUGGCUGGCAGGGACAGACCUGAUGACCAAGUUGCUACAGAGCUUGCUGGGCAACAAGAUGAAGCAGACCGUCGUGAUUCACACCACGACCUACUGCGGGUCACUGGAGCGAUCUUGCUUGAAGCUUGGCAUCCCAAUCCUGAGCCUGACGGACAACCAAGCCAGCCACAGCUACUGCGUCAUGACAGUGUCUGAGACCCUACUGCAGGAUUGGAAGAACGGGGUCAACCAAAUUGGUAAAUGCACGCCGAAGUUCAAAAGCGAAGCGGCCGAUGACGCGCCGGUCAUCGCCGAGAUCCCAACGCUCCAUGUUUGCAAGGUCCAGGACAACCUCUUGGCAAUCCCACAAGAGGUUCGAAGCACCUACCUCUCGGACCCGGUGCGCUCUCCGGAAUGGCGGCAACUGCUGCAGGCCUUCGACCGGCGGUGGGCAGAUGCAACGCUUGCUCGUGGCAAGCCGGCAAGCUUGCCCAAGGUUGCUGAGCCAGAUAAUGUCCAGCCUGAAGAGAGCUCCGAGGGCACGGUUUCCGGGGUUGACUUCGAUUGGUCGGCAGUUUUCGCAGGAGAGCCCGAGAGCAGGGAGGCGCUUGAGAGCAAGUACGGGACGCCCGCGCACACGUUCAUGAUCGACAACACUCUGAUGGCAUCCAUCGUAGAGGGGCCCAAGCUUUUCCUGGUUGCAACUGGGGAUGCCACAGUGCACGCUGACGCACCUUUGCUGUGCUUUGGGGCGGGCACUUGGCUCCUUGAUGCCAAGGCCACUGCCUACACCCAGGACACUUUGCGUGAUUGCGUGUGUGUCUCAACCAAAGAAAAAUCCCUGUUGUUUUGA